AUGGCCCCGUCCUUGCUCAAGGUCACGGCUGUGGCCCUGGCUUUGUCCAGCAGUGCUUCGGCCGUCAAGUUUGAGAUGCGUGGCAUCGACACCUCUUCCGUUGCUAUCAUCAGCACCACCACCGCCGCUGCCAGCUCAAUUGUCACGCCAAUUCCCGACGAUGAUGAUCUCGACUUUUGCGACGACGAUGAUCUCAGCACUCCCGUCAGCACCCCAGACAGCACCCCCAGUGUCCCUGCCAGCACUCCCAGCGGAACUGCUCCUCCCACCGGUACAGCUACUCCCAGCGGAACUGCCACUCCUAGCGCCACCAGCACUCCCCUUCCCGAUGAUGAGUGCGAUGAUGAUGAUGUGAGCACACCUGGCAGCACUCCCCCGGCCUCCACCACGCCUGGUGCCUCUGCCUCCAGCACCCCCGCUGGUACUCCCUCUGCUUCCAGCACUCCCGAUGCCUCGGACAUUUCCACCCCCGGAGCUACUCCCUCGGCAUCUGAUGUUUCUACUCCUGGAGCUACGCCUUCUGCUUCUGCUUCUAGCACUCCUGAUGCUUCGGAUGUCUCUACUCCUGGAGCUACUCCUUCCGCAUCUGACGUUUCUACUCCUGGAGCUACUCCUUCUGCCUCCAGCACUCCCGAUGCUUCAGAUGUUUCUACUCCAGGAGCUACUCCCUCGGCAUCCGAUGUCUCUACCCCCGGAGCUACUCCUUCUGCUUCCAGCACUCCCGAUGCCUCUGAUGUUUCCACACCCGGAGCUACUCCUUCGGCCUCAGAUGUGUCUACUCCUGGAGCCACUCCCUCCGCCACCGGCACUCCCGGUGUCUCGGGUACCACCACUCCUGGAGCUUCUGGAACCACCACUCCCGAGGUCACUCCUUCUGCCACAGAUUCAGACUUCACUCCUCUGCCCACCAUCAUUGAGUCUGACACCAGCACCCCCGAUGCCUCCACCACCGGUCCUUUCACUCCUGGAGCUUCCGGCACCACCACCCCUGGAGGCAAUGCUUCUGCCACCACAACCCCUGGCGCCAGCGCCUCCGGCACCACUACCCCCGGAGGCAACGCUUCGGGCACCACCACUCCUGGAGCUUCUGGAACCACCACUCCCGAGGUCACUCCUUCUGCCACAGAUUCAGACUUCACUCCUCUGCCCACCAUCAUUGAGUCUGACACCAGCACCCCCGAUGCCUCCACCACCGGUCCUUUCACUCCUGGUGUUUCUGGCACCACCACUCCCGGAGGCAACGCUUCUGCCACCACCACCCCUGGUGCCAGUGCUACAGGUACCAACACCGCUGGCCAGUCCACCAACACCGGUGCUGCCUCUUCCACUGCUGGUGGUAACGGCAAUGCUUCUACCUCCACUGCUGGUGGUAACGGCAACGCCUCUGCUACCUCUACUGCUGGCGGCAAUGGCAACGCUUCUACUUCCUCGACCGCUGGUGGCAACGGCCAGCAGACCGGUGCCAGUGUCAACCCCACUGGUGGUAACGGCCAGCAGACCGGCGGCAAUGCCAACCCUACUGGCGGAAACGGCCAGCAGACUGGUGCCGGUGUCACGAGCACUGGCUCCGGCGACAUUCCUAUGACCACCUCCACUGUCAGGACGACCCAGGUCCGCACUGUCACCCAGUGCCCUCCUACUGUCACCAACUGCCCUGCCGGUAACGGUCCUUAUGUUGUCACUGAGACUGUUGAUCUGUACACCACUGUCUGCCCUGCUGUCCCUGUCACCACCUCCACCGUCUACAAGACCCAGGUCCGCACCGUUACCCAGUGCCCUCCUACCGUCGUCAACUGCCCCGCCAACGGCAAGGGAAGCUGGACCAUCACUGAGACCGUCCCCUGGUACACCACCGUCUGCCCCGUCUCUGCCACCACCACUGGCACUGCCAAGCGUGAGACCUUCACCACCACCUACACCACCACUGGAGUCUCCAACGGUGUCCCCACCCAGUCCGUUGUCACCAAGACCUACUGCCCCGUCUGCGAGCAGCAGGACAAGACCAAGACUGGCGUUGCCAGCGCCCCCGCCACCGUCACCCUCGUGCCCGGUCAGUCCAACGGCGGCCAGAGCCAGCCCACCGGUGGCGCCCAGAGCGGUGCUCAGAGCCAGGCUGUCCAGUCCGGCUCUGCCGCUACCUCCAAGGCUGCCGGCUCUUCCGGUGGUGUCGUUACCAGCGCCGUCAACCAGGCCACUGCUCCCGUCAGCACCUCUCCUGUCACCACCAGCGCCGUCAAGGCCGGUGCUGCCAAGGUUGGUGUCAGCCUGGUCGGUGCCAUGGGUAUUGCCCUCGCUUUCUUCCUGUAG